CUCACACACCGAAGUACGUAGGUUGCUCGUGGCACACACGACGUCGUAGCUCCAUGUACGGAGGACACGUACCUUUCUUCUCUUUGCAUGUAUGUACGUCAGAGCUGCAAGGUCCCAUUCCCCACCUGCACACCACCACACACCACUACACACGCACUCGCAUACACAGUACAUACACACACACGCGCCACUACACACGAAGACACACACACAUACGCACACACACACUGGGACAAACAAACCACUCACAUGAGCGGGUUCCGACUUUCUCGCUCUCUCUCGACUUGGACGAGCCCCGCUCCCCUCUUCCCCUUCCCCCCCUUUCAGAAACCAUCCCAUCUUCUUUCUAUCUUUCCUCUUUCCCCCUUCCUUAGGGAGACAGCGAAAAACGGCGGCGGGAGGCUGCUGCAUGAUGCGUGCGCAUCUGCCAUGCCAUGCCAUCGGGAAAAAAGCUACCUACCUUACGUCUCGUCAUGCAAUGCGAGAUGAGAUGAGAUGAGAUGUGCGACGUGCAUGCUGCUGCCGUUUGCUGCUGCUGGUUGCAAACAUUUGAAAGAAGAAAAAGAAGAGAAUACACUCUGCGUAUCUGUGUGUAUGCGCGCCGAUCGCUUUCAUAUCUCUCCGUUCCGUCCCGUCCCGUCCCGUCGUGUCUCGUCUCAUCUUCGGCUCCAACGGAAGGACAUUCGAAACGGAUGGAAUGUUGAUUAAGUUUGUCGUUACUGCAUAUGUACCCAUGUUAUGAUUUGCUUGGUUGAAAAUUGCCAUUAUUGCUCGUUGGUGGUUGACUGAAUGUAACGCGUCGUCGUACGACUUACCUGUUCGUUGGAUAUUAGAUGUGAUGAGAAUGGCGUUGGUGGUGGUGACGGGCGAAUUAAGAACCCCGG